UAAAGUUAGGGUGUGUGAGUUAAAAAAGUGCUCGUCUCUGGGCACUCCCUAAUCUCUUUCUCUCUCUCUCUCUCUCUCUCUCCCCGAUCUCGCAAUUCUCCGGGUUCUCGAAACCCUAGCAUGCCAUUUGGUGCGAAUUAGGGCUAGAACUCCUGCGGCCGAUGCAGAUGGAGAGUUCCCACAGAUCCGCCGCCAUGGAUCGCUCCCGAGCUCCCAAUCUCAAGAAGCCUAGGCUGUCCCCCGACGCCGCCGCACCCGCCCACAAUCGGGACCGCGCGUUCGCGGCGGCGGCACCGCCGCAGAGGGGCGGCGCCCAUGCAGCGGCGGCGGCGGCGGGGGCCUCGAGGCCAAGAGCGGCGGAGAGGGACGAGAGGGAUGAUCCCAUGAGAGGACGGGAGUCGCUUCAGCAGCAGCAACAGCAGCAGCAGGAGCUCGUGGCGCAGUAUAAGACGGCGUUGGCGGAGCUCACCUUCAAUUCGAAGCCUAUCAUUACCAAUCUCACCAUCAUCGCCGGGGAGAACCUCCACGCUGCCAAGGCGAUCGCCGCCACCAUCUGUGCCAAUGUCCUCGAGGUUCCGAGUGAGCAAAAGUUGCCAUCACUUUAUCUUCUUGAUAGCAUUGUGAAGAAUAUUGGAAGAGAUUACAUCAGAUAUUUUGCUGCAAGACUGCCUGAGGUUUUUUGUAAGGCCUAUAAUCAGGUUGAUCCUUCUAUACAUCCUAGCAUGAGGCAUCUUUUUGGUACAUGGAAAGGAGUGUUUCCUCCUGCACCACUUCAAGCAAUCGAGAAAGAGAUUGGCUUCCAACCAUUGAUAAAUGGUUCGUCUGGACCUUCAAUAUCAAGGCCUGAUUCUCAGCCUCAGCGGCCGUCCCACAGUAUCCAUGUUAACCCAAAGUAUUUAGAAGCAAGACAGCGUCUUCAGCAAUCAACAAAGGGACGGGAAAUUGGCAAGGAUGACGUAAAUACCUCGAUUAAUUCUGGUGAUGCUGUGGAAAGGUCUGAUAGGCCAGCUGUAGAUGGAAGUACCGGGCGAUGGACAGAUGUACUGAACAAUAGGCCUAAUAUGCAACAUCCUCAAAGAGACCUCUUAAAUGAUCCCAUACAUGUGAAAAAAGAAGUUAAAGAUGUUAGAUGUCCUGAUUUUCCCUCUGAUAUCUCACAGCAGCCAGAGCUGGGAGUUGGAAGGGUUGGCGAGAGGCUUAGAGGGCGAGAAGUGUUUGAGAGACAAUUUGGUGGUUUUAAUAUUGGUGCUUCGGGAUCAGAAAUCCUAAGAAAGAACAGUUUGGACGUAAAUAAGGAUUUGAGGGCAUCAGUUUCUGUGCGAUCUGAUGUAAAUUUGGAAAGAAGCAGCAGACCAUCAUCAAAAAACUGGAAAAAUACUGAAGAAGAAGAGUUUGUGUGGGGUGAUAUGAAUUCUCAACCAACAGAUUAUGGAGGUAGUAACAUCAGGAGGAAAGGUGAUUGGAAUGCUGAAAACUCGAAUAAGUUAACAGGCUUGCAUAUGAACAAAUGGAUGCCUCUGGAGACUGAUCAUCAAGGGUCCCACUUGAACAAACUUGAAAGCUUUUUUAGAAUUGGGAAGAACUCUGGACAGGAUGGAAAAGUUCCACUAUUUAAGGACCAUGAAGACUACCUCUCACAUCUUCAAACUAAGUAUGCUCCCAAUGCGAGAAUAGAUAGGGAGACUCCUUCACAGUUGCUAUCUGAGGGAGGACGUGCCGCUGAAGCUCACACCUUCUUAGAGAGGGUUCCACACGAGGCACCACUUCUGGAUAGUGGUUUGGAUCAUAACAGUGCAAGGUUUCCUAGCAAAUCAGAAGAGAGGCCCGUUUCUUAUGGUGGCAGUUUGUCUGCGAGCAUCAGUUCAUCUUUACCUAUUUCAGGCUCACUGUCUCAUCAUACUGUACCAUCAAGCUUAGGAAGUUUGACUAAUUUAAUCUCGAGAUCAGGUGACUCAUAUGGGCAACAGAGGAAGCAAUAUUUGCAUCCUCCGUCUCCAUCAGUUCAUUCACCCCCAUCAUCUUCUGUACCCUUUCCACAUAAGCCACCAAAUAAAGCGGAGCCUGAUGCAUUUUGGUCCAAGCCCUCUCAAAUGGGUCAAAAACCAUUUUCUUCUUUCCAUUCACAGCUGGGUUCUCCAAUGCCAUUUCAGCCUCAAAAGACGGUAAAGUUUUCUGGAACUAGUGAGUCAAAUAAGACUGCCAAUGAAACCUCUGGACAGCCUAGCGCAAGUGAUCUAUUGGCUGCACUUAUGAAGAGUGGACCUAAUCCAAUAAGCAAUCCCCAGAACAUAAACAUACAGCCUCCCCUGCCAACCGGACCUCCUCCUAUCCAUGCUCUCUCGUCACAUGGAAAUAGUGCACCAGCUCCUGUGCCACCCCCAAUGAACAACACAGUGCUUCCUCCCUUGCCGCCUGGCCCACCACCACCAUCAUCCUUGGUUCGUACGGCCUCCCAUAUCUCCAACAAUAAUACUGGUUCUGUAGGAAAUCCACUUUCGAGUCUCCUUCGUUCUUUAGUAGCAAAGGGAUUAAUAUCAUCACCAGCAACAGAAACGCCUGCUGCAACUAUAGCUCAACCUUCCCAUAAAGUUCCAAAUAUUGUUCUUUCAACUUCAACUACAACAGCUGUCCAGCCAUUUUCAGCAAAAGAGUCCCCUGCCGAAUCAGUUGCUCCAAUAGCUGCUGCUUUGUCUCAAUCUACUGAAACAAAAAUGCAGGUUCUCAUAGGCGUUGAUUUCAAGUCGGAGAUAAUGCGAGAAUACCAUCCCAUGGUAAUAGAGAGCCUGUUUGAUUCCCUUAAUCAUCAAUGUCGAAUAUGUGGUUUAAGAUUCGGGCUUGAAGAGCAGCUUCAUGGUCACUUGGAAUGGCAUGCGUCUAAGAAGUUGAUGAGUAAUGAUUUCAGCAGUGUGACUAGGAAAUGGUAUGCCGAUACAAGCCGUUGGAUUGCUGGAUCUGUUGAACCACAAAUUGGACAGAUGAAGCCAACUUCCUCGGGAGACGAUGUAGUAGGAUCUGUCGAAGAGCAAUGUGAAAUGAUGGUUCCUGCAGAUGAGAACCAGAUUAUUUGUGCAUUGUGUGGAGAACCAUUUGAAGAUGUUUAUUCUCAUGAAAGAGAUGAAUGGAUGUAUAAGGACACAGUUUAUUUAAACUUGCCAAGCAACCAAAGUGGUAUUAGAUAUAUGGAUGUGAAUAAAGGACAGGGACCCAUCGUGCAUGCCAAGUGUAUUUCUAGAAGCUCAACCAAUGAUUUAGAAGUGGGCGACCUUAAUAAAGGGCGUGGAUGAACCGGUGAUGUUUUGCAGAGAAGAAUUUACCGGAAGUUGAUGUUUUGCAGAGAAGCAUUUGCCACAAGUUGGUAUUUUGCAGAGAAGCUUUUGAAGCUCUUCAUAGUCCAAGGGGCUGGACAAGGAUGAACUGUGGUAAAGGUUUGCUCUUAACUUGUAAUAUCUUCAUGGCAGUGGUGCAAAUUCAGUAUGCAUGAAAUGAGCAACAGCUGUUUGGCUCAUGUCUAAUUCUCCUUUGGCAUACAAUUUUGAUAGAAAAUGAUGAACAAAGGUUUCCUUUGCCUUCUCUCUUACCAACUUGGUUUGAUGUUGGUCGGCAAUAGAUAAUAUUUCAGUUUGUCAAUGAAAUUGUUGAGCAUUAAAAGUGAAGCAAAUUCUACGUUAACUUUUCCAUUGGAUUUUGUAUGAUCAAUAAUUCUUUUUGUAACUUAUCUUCAUAGACCUCAAAUCAACUUCCAUGUUGCUUCGCUGUUUGUACUCACUCAACACUCUAGCUAUUAUAUUUUUCCUUUAAUGGUAGCUUUUCCUUCAUUUGAAAAUGAAACGGGCCCAUGUUUCGCGGCUAUUCUUCAGGAAUUAUGUCGCCACUAUUCAUAGAGGAACCUUGUUAAUUGAAUCGUUCCUGUUUGUCAAUGUGCGGGCCUCAUAGUUGCUUUCUUUAACUGCAAAUGGAUGUAACUCCUGGUAUCAAGGAAUGUUUGAGGUUAUCAAUAGCCCCUAUUUGUUGCUUCGAAGUUGAUUGACUUGUAUAAACAUAGUAUAAUGUCAUUUGGUUUCUAUCUUUUUGCAGUUUAACUUUUUGUUUCUUCUCUUUUUUUCCUUUUGUGAAGCAAAGGCUUAAUGAACAACUGUGUGAUUCAUUUUCUUGCUAGAUUGUAUCAGCUUUUCAGCUUUGCUCCUAAUUGAGUAAAAAAAAAAAAUCAAUGUGUGA